AUGAGCGACCGCGAACGUGACCCGUCACGCAGGCGACCACAGGGCGACCAACGAAGACGACGCAGAGAAUCCCACGGCGAUGUAGAUCCCGAACGACGAAGGCGCAGAGAAUCCCGUGGUGAACACACGGUUUACGACCACGAGGGGAGACGGAGAAAGGGUCACAGGGCGACAGACUCUUCAGGCGACCUACUUCCGAAGCCACGAAGGCCCUCGAGGCACCAAAGCGAGUCAGAGCAAGAAUCCCCGGCCCCACGCAAAGCACGAGGAUCGCGGCGCAAUUCUACGACAGAUGGGAGUCGGAGGGGAAGUCGGAGCUCAGCUCCUCUGAGUCUCGAUGCGCUGGCUAAGCUUGACAAGACCAAUGCGAAGAAAGCUGGGGGUUGGGGAGCCUACGACUACGACGACGAGUACCUGAAGGAGGUUAGGAGGAAAGAGAAGAAUCUAGAGAAGAUGAGGGUGAAGGAGGAGCGAGCAGAGAAGAAGAAGGAGCAAAAAGAGGAGGAGGGUAGACGACGCGCAGCUGAAAGCGAUGCCGCAAUGCUUGAAGAGAAAGCUAGAAGGCGGCGAGAAGAAAGACGGAAGGCUGCUGCGUUGAAGCAAAGUCAGACUGAUGAUGAGCUCGAGAGGAAGCGAAGCACGUAUACCGAAGACGAGCGGGAAGAACGAAGACGCAGACACGAGUCCAAGUACACACCGUCCGAAGCCGAGGAGCGAAGAGAGCGGAGACGACAAGAGAAGCUACAACGCACAGAGCAGAAGAAGCGGCGCGUUAUUAGUGGACCUUUGGCUGAAGAGGGCCGCAUCGACGAUGACGAUUCCGAUUAUCGAUAUAUGAUGGAGAAGCGUGGGGGCGCAGGCAGUGGCCCACCAACAGUAUACACGGAAGAGGAACUGGCACGAAAGAAGAAGAAAAAGCGCAUUAUCUUCGGCAUAGUCUGCGUUAUAAUACUCCUAGCCAUCAUCAUACCUGUAGCUGUCCUGCAUUCGGGCAAAGGAAGCAGUGAUGACGAGAGCUCAGGGAGCGGAUCAGCUGCCGCCUCGUCAGGACCAAAGAACGACAACCUAGCCGGGAAAGACCGAAACAGCGUACCAGAAGCAGAUCGAGGUGGCAUACUGGAUCCAUGGGCAUGGUACGAUACUGAUGACUUUAAUGUCACCUAUACCAAUGAACUUGUCGGUGGCCUCCCCAUUAUCGGUCUCAACUCCGAUUGGGAUGACGACGUUCAAGCAAAUCCUUCAGUUCCAAAACUCUCAGAUUCGUUCGAAUAUGGCAAGACACCUAUCCGUGGUGUAAAUGUCGGUGGUUGGCUCAACCUCGAACCCUUCAUCACACCUUCUUACUUCUCUCAGUAUGGAUCCAAAGACAACGUAUUGGACGAAUGGACCUUUGUGAGCAAGCUUGGACCGGCAAAGGCCAAAGACACAUUGGAAAAGCACUAUUCUACGUUCAUUAACAAGAAGACUUUUGCUGAGAUUAGGGAUGCUGGUAUGGACCAUGUUCGCAUCCCCUUCGGCUACUGGAUUGUGCGAACCUACGACGACGAUGCGUACGUACCUCAAGUAGCAUGGCGCUACCUCCUGCGUGGUAUUGAAUACUGUCGCCAGAAUGGACUGCGCGUGAAUCUUGAUCUUCACGGCGCACCAGGUAGUCAAAAUGGCUGGAACCAUUCUGGUCGCCAAGGCCAAAUCGGUUGGUUGAAUGGCACAGACGGCGACAAAAACGCGCAACGUACGCUGGAUGUCCACCACCAGCUCUCCGUCUUUUUCGCUCAGGAUCGAUACAAGAAUGUAGUCACCAUGUACGGACUCGUCAACGAGCCCCGCAACGUCGAACUCGACACGGAGAAAGUCGUAGCCUGGACACAGAAAGCCAUUGAUCAAAUCCGCGCCGAUGGCAUCAAGGGCAUCAUCGUCUUCGGCGACGGCUUCAUGGGUCUAGACAACUGGCAAGGCAAGCUCCAGGGCAACGAUAACCUGCUCCUCGACGUACAUCAAUACGUCAUCUUCAACACGGACCAAAUCAAGCUCAAACACCGCGACAAGCUACAAUUUGCCUGCGAAGGCUGGACUCAACAAAGCAAGCGCUCCAUGGACAAGAAGACAGGUUUCGGUCCGACCAUGUGCGGAGAAUGGUCCCAAGCAGACACUGACUGCACACAAUACAUCAACAACGUCAACACGGGAUCACGCUGGGAGGGCACUCUUCAAUCAACCGACAGGACUGGCGCAGUCCUCGCCCCGCAAUGUCCCCUACAAUCUUCCCAGUGCUCCUGCGACCAGGCCAAUGCCGAUCCUAGCGACUACUCCGACGAAUACAAAAAGUGGCUCUACCAGUUUGCUGUCGGUCAGAUGGAUGCGUUUGAAGCUGGCUGGGGCUGGUUCUACUGGACGUGGGAGACGGAGAAGAGCACGCAGUGGAGUUAUAGACGGGGGCGUGAGGCAGGCAUUUUGCCAGAUAAGGCGUAUGAGAGGGAUUGGAAAUGUCCCGGGGGAGGGAUUGAGAACCUGGAUCAAUUUGAGGGGUUGGCGGAGAACUAUAGGAGGAUGUAG